GCUCGUUCCGGAAACUCCACCGGAAAAUGCAGGUUCUACAAAAGUCCGACUAUUUGUUUUCAUAAAAUAAAAGAACGGAUAUAGGGAACAAACACAGUAGAUCAUUCGCCUCUGAGAACUCUAUCAAGGUAUAUGGAAUUAAAUUAAUGGAUUUAAGUAAUUAAUUAGUGGCCGAAUUGGCUUCAUUGCCUGGCUCCAUCUACCCUCUCCAGUUCCUUUGUACGCACUAUGGAGCUGCACUUCUGCACACCUUUGAGCAGCAGUAUGAUGCAGGGCGGAGUCUGUCUGAGACAGGACACUGAGACAACACUACCAGAGCUCACUGAGCAACACAGGACCAGACAGAAAGAAGAGGAACUCAGUGGACUGGAGUUUGUCCACAUGGCAGAGUCAGAAACAGUGUGUGCUGCACCAGGACUCAACACACUGGAGCCAGAGUGUGUUACAGCACACAGCGGGGUCAGUGAUGUACAUCACACACUCACAUCACUUAUUAAAACUGAAACUCAUCUGGGCUCCCCCCACACUGGGGAUCUUAUUAAGACUGAGAGCCUAGACAGUGCAGAGCUGGGAUGUAUAAGCCAUCUGAAUUCUGACCAAAUCAAAACAGAGUCUGUUGAUGGUGCAUAUGUUAAGGUAGAACACAUCAGUGAAUUACGGGACAUUCAAUAUGUUAAUAUUAAAUCAGAUCAAAUCAAGUAUGAAUCCAGUGAAUGUUUGGUGAGUGAUGUCAUGAAUACUGUGAUGAAUGGAGCUGCUGUUGGUUACAAAGACCAGACUGAAUCAGGGCAAUGUGCAGGAGAGCCAAACCAAAACUGUAAAAAUGAAGACAGUCAUCAUCUGCUGACCGUAUGUGGGGAUUUAAAUCAUAACUGUGACAUAACCAAUGAGAAUGCUCAGCCUAGAAUUGUCCUACAGAAAAGUACAAACAGUAGGAAAACGCAUAUUGAUUUCCAGGAAACAAAUAUGAUAACUGAACCCAUGGUAAUUAAUUCAAGUAAAAACCCAAGCCGAUUGACUUUUUUUCAUAAUAAGACAAACCCCAAAAAACAAAGAGAUAUAAAUAUAAUUGAAAAGCGGUACAGGUGUACACAGUGUGAGAAGUGUUUUUCUCAGAAAAGUGCUUUAAGUUGCCACAAGAGGGUUCAUACAGGUGAAAAGCCAUACAGGUGUACACAGUGUGGGAAGUGUUUUUCAAAGAAAGGGGUUUUAAGUUGCCACAAGAGGAUUCAUACAGGUGAAAAACCAUACAGGUGUACACAGUGUGAGAAGUGUUUUUCACAGAAAAGUACUUUAGAUUCCCACAUGAGGGUUCAUACUGGUGAAAAACCCUACAAAUGUACUGAGUGUGAAAAGUGUUUUUCACAGAGAAGUGUUUUGAUUUCCCACAAGAGGAUUCAUACAGGUGAAAAACCUUACAAAUGUAUUGAGUGUGGGAAGGGUUUUUCCCGGAUGUUUAAUUUAAAUCGCCACCAGAGUUCUCAUACAGCACCCAGGAUAAUUAACUCAAUAGAAAACCCAGACCUACUGAAUUUCUUUCAAAAGAAGAUAAUUUGCAGAAAUAAAAGUGAAAUUAAUAUAGGUGAAAAGCCACAUAGGUGUACACAAUGUGAGAAAUGUUUUUCGUGGAAAAAAGACUUAAAUUGCCACAUGAGGAUUCAUACAGGUGAAAAACCCUACAAAUGUACUGAGUGUGGGAAGUGUUUUUCACAGAAAAGUACUUUAAAUUGCCACAUGAAGAUUCAUACAGGUGAAAAACCCUACAAAUGUACUGAGUGUGGAAAGUGUUUUUCCCGAAUUGCUGGUUUAUAUUACCACAUGAUGAUUCAUUCAGGUGAAAAACCAUACAAAUGUACUCAGUGUGGGAAUUGUUUUACACAGAAAAAAGCUUUAAAUCAGCAUAACACGAUUCAUAAACGUGAAAAACCCUACAGAUGUACGCAGUGUGAUAAGUGUUUUUAUUCCCAACCUGUUUUAAAUACACACAUGAGAAUUCAUACAGGUGAAAAGCCCUACAAAUGUAUUCAGUGUGGGAAGAGUUUUUCAAAGAAAAGUAUUUUAAAUUGCCACAUAAUGAUUCAUACAGGUGAAAAGCCCUACAAAUGUACUCAGUGUGGGAAGAGUUUUUCACAGAAAGGGGCUUUAAUUAGCCACAACAUGAUUCAUACAGGUGAAAAACCCUACAAAUGUACUCAGUGUGGGAAGAGUUUUUCACAGAAAAGUACUUUAAAUUACCACAUAAUGAUUCAUAAAGGUGAAAAACCCUACGAAUGUACCGAGUGUGGGAAGUGUUUUUCACAGAGAAGUACUUUAAAUAGACAUAAGAUUAUUCAUUCAGGUGAAAAGACCUAUAAUUAGUGUACUCUGUGUUGGAAAUGUUUUAAUACAAAAUUCAAGUUAAAUAUUAAUGAGCAUACAGAUUAAAGAUGUACUGUAGAAAGAAAUAGUUAUGUCUAUUGCAAACUUGUAUGUUUAUGUUUAUGUAAUGUUUAUGUGUGGUAAAGUUAGUGUCAUUUUUCAUCUUCUGACAGUAUGUUUUAUCAGACAUUAGUUGAUGUAAAUGACCCUUUAAAAUGGCUGUCAAAUUGCAAUGUUUACUCUUUAUUUAGAAUUAGCAUUAUAUAAUGCUUAACCACUUUUAUUUUUCUAUUCAUUUUUGACAUCGCAUUUGGGCUUUUAUUUUGAAGGCAGGUUUUGUUUGUUUUGUCUUCCCACACUUCUUUGCAAAAACGAAACUUAUGAGAACUUGCCAGAAAGAGCAAAUCGUGAAACUGCAAAAAUUAAAUGUAAAUGUAAAAAUUUCCUUCACUUGAUAUUAAACUCUAGCACCUAGCUGGAAAGCGAACAAGGUAUGGGUUUUGUUUGUUGUGAGAAAUGUAGUCAUGGUUUGCACAAAUGUGUAUUUUCUUUCCUUAAGUGUUUGGUGAGAAUGCUAUACUAACACCAGCAGUUUGGCUAAUAGCUUAACCUAGCCUUUUGUCCGAGACUGUUAGUUCACUGUUAGGUGAAAGUAAGCUAAUUUAUUGCAUUUUGAAUGUACUUAAUGCGGUUAAUGCACCUUGUAUGUAAUUUGUAGCACAGGCUAAUUAUUUUUCUCAGGUCAAUUGCUAAGUACUGAGUUAUUGUCUAAUUUUGAUGUCAAUGCAUUAUGUAGUGAAUUAUAGCUAUUAUUUUCCUUGUGAGUAUGGAAAUGUGGAAUAUUAUAAGAGCCUUUUUAUUAUUUUCCCACUCAGCUCUUACAGUGUGUUUGUGGAUACGGCACUGUGUUACGGCAAUAAACGCUUCAUGAACCAUCAGUUUGAGAGUUGGCCAUCGUUCUAGCUGAGGACACUACAGUUAAGGAUCUUUGUUUCACUCUAUUAUUUUAUGUUGUUUAUCAGUUAUGCAUGAAAUAAUUUUACACGCUGAAUGUGCCCAGUCCAAGGCCUCUGCCAUGUAAAUAUUUGCAACUCUUAUUUCCUUCAAUGUGUUGUUGCUUUCUCCUUUGCUUCCCCUGUAUAAAUGUUUAUGCAUUCCUCUUAUACAUAGCUCAUACAUAAUUUUACAAUUGUACAAAUAAGUUUGAUUCAUAUGGGGCUUGAAUUGUAUUAAUAUUUUAACAAUUCUUAUGUCAGAACAUGUAUACUUUUUUAUUUUUUAUUUUUAAACAAUGAAUGUUUUCUAAAACUCAUCUGAUUCAGUUAUUCCACCAUGUUCCUAAUAAUAAACAUUGACAUAAUAUA